UUUUCAAUGAUUGUGUCGUAAAUUACAAACGAAUAUGCGUCUAAAAGCACAAACUCGUGAAUUAAAUCGAUCGUGUUGUUGUAGAAAAAAAUUUGUAUGUGAAAUGUAUGUUUGCACGACUGACAAAAUGAAAAUAUACCGUGUUUAGAUUUCCCCGCUUUUUCAUUUUAUGGUUGCUACUAUAAAAAUGAUUUUUGUAACAGGUUGUGAACCAAUGCUUUUGGAAGAUAUUGGAGCCGGGAGAGUGAUGGCAACAUCUGGCUGUGUCUCUAAUGUCACCCACGUCUCGUUUAAAUGGAUAAAAAUAUCAACGAUAAAUGGCAUUGAGGAGGAAUUUAUUCCAACAAUUAAAAGCAAUUACUCAUCAAAAUGUUCUAAUGAAUCUGAUUGCUGGAUUGACGAACACAUGCAGUAUAAUGUGAUAAUUCAAGCCAGUCAAAGUGAUAAUGGACAGUAUUAUUUAAAAAUGAUAGCUAUAUAUGGAAAUGAACUAAAAGAAUCAAGCAAUACUUAUUACAAGUACAUUAUAGACGGACAGGAUUUUGAAGUUGAAGAUCACGACAUAUCUACACAACAUCUUGCUACAAUUAUCAUGGUUGCUGUUAGCAUUUGUCUGUUAUAUUUUGCAUCGAUGUGGUAUUGCCUGCGCAAAAUAAACUGUAAACGGACUAGUAAGGGAGAUGGGAAAUUGGAUAAUCCACAUGAGAGAAAAGAACUUGUGAAAAAGACCUUACAACCGGCGAAUACAUACCAAAUUGAACGAAGUUUUCAUAACAAACGGUCAUUACACAACUGUCGUUCGGAUCAAGCAUCUCCAGAAGGAAAUACGGAUCUUGACGAAAAUAAGAGUGACCUAUGA